GAGCCCUAGGCGACGCCGCCGGACGGGCGGAGCGUGGGUCGCUGUCUCCGCCAGGGCCACACCCCGCCUGGCGGGGCCCGCUCGCUCUCACGCCCACGCGGCCGCCGCCCCGUCGAAACUGCUCUCACCGGGCGCGCGGGCGCACACGCGCAGUGUUCCAUCGGAGCCAGCGGCCCCCGGAGCGUCUCCUCGGACUCAUCGGGAAGCCGAGGCCGCUUGGGGACUGGGACAGGAGCUGCCAGGCAGGAGCCAGCAUGGAUACCAAUUCCCGGGGAGCCCUGGACAGGCAGCAGCUCCGCCUUCGAGAUCGACAGAAGUUCUUUGAGGAAGUUUUCCAGCAAGACUCAGAAUUCUUCUUCCCUCUAUCUCAUCUUCACCUUGAGUCCCGGAGACCUCCCAUAGGCAGCAUCUCUUCUAUGGAAGUGAACGUGGACACACUGGAGCAGGCCGAAUUGAUUGACUUUGGGGACCCUGAUGCUUCAGAUGUGUUCUUGCCCUGUGAGGAGCUCCCAUCCACCCCACAGCCCCCCACCAUAUCUGGUGUAGGUGACCACCCAGAGGAACUGAACCUGCAGAGGCCCCCAUCAGACAGGACCAUGUCAAGGACCUCUUCUUCCUCUUCUUCCACUGAACUUAAUAGCCCAGACCUGAUUGGAGAUGGUGUGGACACGCCUCUGGCACAGUCUGAUGAGGAAGAUGGUGGUGCAGAGCCUGCAGCCUGCAGCUAGCAGUGGCUGCUCCCCUUUGGACUGCACCAUAUGGGGCCUGGUCACAGCCUAACUUCGAACCCCAGCCCUUGCUAGGAGCCUUUGGGGAGAAGGCCCGACCCUUCCCCGAGCAGUUGGCCCCAGAGGGAGAAGACUAUGCAGCCUUCCAGAAAUUAACUCUCUCCUGCUUUUCUGCUAAUGCUUGCCGGCCUCCACUGCACAUAUCUACUCAUGACCUACAUAGGCAACGAUUGAAUUGGGGGAUGUGGGGAGAGGUGGAAGGUAAGGUAGGACAGUACCCACACCACACUUCAGAUGGGCCAGAGAAACCAUCCCACUCUCUUUUUAGUGGACUUGAUCAAGAGGACUUGUGGAUGUAAAUGUGCUCCCCCACUUCCUUUUCUCAGUGAAAUGCUACACAAACCCCUCCUUUCCUCUCCUUCUUAAAACGAUAGAUCUGCUAUCCUGCUUUCUCAUUUCUCCCACUGUUGUGCUUCAUUAAUCUUCUCACCUUAUUUCACAUAUUGAAAAGCCAUCCCAAACAGUCCCACUUGACUUUUUGUCUCUUUCUAAGCACAGCCAAUGGGGUCCAGGAUGGUCAUUUCCUAGUCUUAUUUCCAGGCCUUCCUUUACCCUGAAGAGACUGACCCUCUCCAGCUCAGUGUGAGGCCUCACGGCUACCACAUUGCCAACACCAGCUCACUAUCUAUGGGGGGAUGAUGUGUUUGGGCAAAACUUAGCAGCCCCUCCUGGGACCUGGAUCCUCUAUCCCCAACCAGCAAACCUUGGUGCUGAGACUAUUUCCUGUGCAGCCAAAGGGGCAGUGGCUGACCCUCCAGGGGCAGGGUCUGCAGUUUUGUUUCUCUCGGCCCUGAAUCUCCUUACAGGAGGGACAAAGCCUCAGGGGGCACUUUAGCAGUCUCUCUUCUCAAACCUGACCACUCAUUGCUUCAUCACCAGUCUCACAGCAGGGCCAGUGCCUGUGGUCUGACUAGGACCAUAUAAUUGUAGGAUUUAGAACUAAAAGGGACCUUAGGUCAUCUAGUCCGAUUCCUUCAUUUUACAGAUGGAGAAAUUGAAGUCCAGAGCCAUUAAAGUGGCAUGUCCAAGGCUAUUCAGGUAGGAAGUAGUCCCAGGCAGGUAGUAGUGACCCUGCACUCAGUGCCACACUGCUUCCGCUCCACAGCUCAGCUUUGAUGCCUCCCCCGCCAUUCUUUUCCAUGGGGUUCCCAUUGUGGAUGGCUAGAGACCAGCAUGUCUGGGCUGCUGCUACAGCGGACCGUGGAUUAAUAAAUCUUUUGAUUCCAGCAGGCAUGUGCUAUCAUUAGCCUUCUGAGUGUGUGUGUGUGUGUGUGUGUGUGUGUAGCAGCAUCUCAGUCACUCCCUGAUAGCACAGGAAUGUUGAUGGGUUUAUGGGGCCUUUGUGCAUGAAUCAGAGUCGAUUCUAGCACAAAGGAGGUAACCUUCCUGCUGUCCUCUGCUGUCAUUAGAACCCACUUACAGUAUUGUAUCUAGUUUAGGAAGUCACAUUUUAGGAAAGACAAGGAAGCAUGGAACAGGGAUAGAGGACCACCCUGGAGUUCAAAGACUUGGGGGUUCACAUCCUGCUUUUGACCACAGGAAGUCAAUUAAUUUCUUAGUGCUACAGGUAAAUCUCUUAAGACUAUAAAUUACAGACAAACUGGUCUGCAUCAAUGAAAGGAAAAGCUACAGUGUAGCCACUACACCAAUUAGUAGGCAGAUAGAUGGUGGCUGUAGUGCACAGAGCACUGGGCUUGGAGUCAGGAAGACCUGAAUUCAAAUGUGACCUCAGACACUUCCUAGCUAUGUGACCCUGGGCAAGUAACUUUUAACUUCUGUCCGCUUCACUGCAAAAUGGGGGGUAAUAAUGGCACCUAUCUCCUAGAGUGGUUGUGAGUAUCGAAUGAGAUUUUUGUAAAAAAAAAUGCUUUGUGUAGUGCACAUAGUAGGCACCAUAUAAAUGCUAGCUAUGAUGAUGAAGAAGAAGAAAUCAUAGGUGAGGGUGAGGAAAGCUAAAACAUGCCCAGAGCUUUUAAACCUGGUGAAAGAUUGGAUGUGGGGAGGAGGGUGGUUGAUCAGUAAUUGGCCUCAAAGGGCAAAAACAGGACCAAAUGGAAUUUAGCCAGAUUUUUGUUUCUAAGUUAGAAAAAAAAGCCUUAACAAUUAGAUCUGUCCAGCAGUUCAAGAGGCUGGCUUAGGAGAGAGUUGAGUUCCCCACUGUUAGAGCUAUAUCAGUAUUGUGAUGUUUUGGGAAGGGGUUGGUUUAGAUCACAGACUCAUAGUGCUAGAGCUAGAAAGGACCUUAGAAAUUAUCUAGUUCAAUGUCUUUUUUUUUUCCAGUUGGAAACUAGGCCUUAGAGGGAGGAAGUUGACUUGCCCAGUGUCAAAUCUAAGAACUAGAACCUGAACUCAGGUUUUCUGACUCCAAGUUCAAUGUUCUUUUUUUUUUCCUUCCACCCCGUGCUGCCUUCUAGAUUCAUACCUCCAGGUUUCCUUCUAGCCCUAAGUUCCUAUGAGGAACUAAAUUCUUAUGAGAAGCCCUUCUGUUUGGAGGUGCCAAAGGGCGUCUCUAACUCUGAGCUGAUUGGGCAGCCGUUGGUAACCAGAGAGAGGAUUCUGGUCUAAGCUGAGACCAGACCCCGGGGUGGCUCAAACUGUCACCCAUUUCCUGGCCAGGGACAAUGGGCUAAUCCCAUGCCAAACCACAGGGGCUUGGCUUGCCAUCAAGAGCUUUCUUGUGCCCAGUCCAGCCUGGGUUUCUAGACCGCAUAAUGCUCUCCCAGGGACAGGAUGGUUUGGAAUGAUUUCAUGGGGCAUUGAGCCCAGGCCCUUCCCAGCUCCUCUAACCCCUGUCACCUCAAUGGCUGCUCUCUAGUGUUUCACAGUUUUGUAGAGGUUGGAUGACAGUUCUUCCCAAAUUCCUGGCACCCAGCAAGGGACAGGGGUUGCUGAUCUUUGCAGUGCUCCUUGGGUUUGGAGGAAGGAAGAUGAGCCACCACUUGUAGGAAAAUCUCUUAGAAGGGAGGGCUGGUAACUAUAGCAUGAAAGGGCAAGAAAUUAAUAUAAGAGGAAAUCAGCUACCCAGGAUUUUUACUGUCAUAUGGAUCUCAGGGUCAGGGCAAGGAAGACAGUUUGUGGUGCUGUUGGUUGGGAUUCACUGUCUUAUAAGACAACCUUUGCUUCAAUGAGGGAGGGGUUAUACAGAGUUUCUAGUGUUUUCCUUUUCAUCAAUUAGCAACUAAUAGGAUCAUAGCAUUAAGGGCUGGAAAGGACUCUACUCUCUCAGGGGUGCUUAACCUUGGCACUUACCUAUCUCCAAAGACUCUAUGGAUAGUUUUAGGAAACCUAUGAACUUGGAUAGGAAAAAAAUUACAACUUUAUUUUUCACUAAUUACUAACCGAAUUUUAGCAUGUCCUUCAACUGUUUUAAGACAUUAUUCAGAGAAGGAGUUUAUAGGGGUCACCAGACUGCCCAAGGGGGUCUGUGACACACAAAAAGGUUAAGAACUGCUACAUAUUUUUUUCUUUAAAAGAAAAAACCUGACAUAUUUUGUUUUGACCCAACAGAAUUUCCUCCAAACACUCAAACCACUUUACAAAGCACAUUCCCUGAAACAUUUUGUCAAUGUUAAUUGAAAGGAGGGACUUGUCCUUUAAUUUUGACAGUAGGAUAUGAAUGUUGGCCAUUUUGUAAAUGUAUCUGACCAAAGUUCUGUUGACUUUAUUUGCUGUGGUCAUUGUUUAUAUAGUUCUUUUGGUCCUUCUUUCUUCAAUUUGUAUUACUUAUAAAAUGCUUCCUAUGUUUCU